AUCACAACCGAUGACGACUUGACUCCACCUCAUGAUGCCAUUAAGCAACAGAUGAGCAACGGUACAUGUUCAAUUUUUGGGACAGCCAGAGAAAAGCACAGCCAUCGCCAGGGUUGCCCUAAAAAAGGACUACUUUUGACUGUGUAAUGCCUGUCAGGGUGCUUCCCUUCCUUCUUGCACCGUAGCCUGGCCAGUGUUUUACCGGCUUCCUCAUCCGAAACCGCGUGUGUGUUUACUGUAGCUGGCAGGGACUUUCUCCGGAUCGCUAUGGAUGUGCUCUGGAUGAUACCGCUGCUGCUGUUUCCACUCCUGAUGUGGACCAGCAGCACGUUUGUUUUUUAUUUCAAAAAGUGCUUUUACGUCGGCUGGAUGAUGGUGUUGGCGCUGGUGGCGAUUCCUCUGUGUAUCAUGAAAAGCGGCGGCAGAAGCGUUGAAAACAUGAGGAUUAUCCGUGUCUUGGUUCGUCAUGUGAAGUAUUUCCUUGGUCUUCGAUUCGAUGUGAGCGGUUGGGAGCAUCUGCAGACAGAGGGGCCCUAUGUCAUCAUCUCCAACCACCAGAGCUCCCUGGAUGUUUUGGGCCUGAUGGAGAUCUUACCAGACCGCUGCACCAUGAUUGCCAAGAAGGAGUUGAUCUACGCCGGGACAGUAGGUCUCAUUUGCUGGCUGGGUGGCAUCGUCUUCAUCAACCGCAAGAAGCCGAACGACGCCAAGAGUGUCAUGGUGGACGCUGCCAAAACCAUGUUGGACGACCAGAUUCGUCUGUGGGUGUUCCCAGAGGGAACGCGGAACCAGACGGGCGACCUGCUGCCCUUCAAAAAAGGGGCUUUCCACCUGGCAGUGCAGGCACAAGUACCCAUCAUACCCAUCGUUUUCUCCGCCUACAACAGCUUCUACCUACGGAAAGAAAAGCAGUUCAACUCGGGGACCAUCCGAGUGAAGAUCCUUCCAAAGAUCGACACGAGGGGGAUGACGUCGGACGAUAUUCCAUCCCUCUCUGACAAAUCCUUCAACCUGAUGCGCGCUGCCUUGCUCAACCUGCCUAACUCCGUAACCCAGAGCAACGGGCCGUGCAGGCACUGAACACUAACCACGCUCCCGCCUCUUUCUCCUCCUCAGUCCCCGUCAGAGACCCAUCCCUCCCCCAGACCUCCCCGCUCUCCCGCCCUCCCCCCAGGUCGUCCCAUUACCUGGCCAGGAAACGACAUGACACGGGUCUCUUGUCAUGAAAUCUCUUCUUGUCUAGUUGACGGCCUGACCACACAGCACAGUCAGUCCCGACCCUCACCAAGUCUGCAGCAGCAGCAGCAGCAGCAGCAGCAGCAGCAGCGCUGCUCUGCACGCCGUGAGCGGAGUGACGGACGGCUGAGCCGAACAGUAUAGAUGUAUGUUGUUCUUCAUGCAUGCCUUUUGGAUGGCUCUGUCCGCCUUCAUCCUUGCUUUGCUCUCUGCCUUUGGAAGCCAGGCUUUCUUUGUUUUUUAUAUAUACAUCUUACUUUAUCACCAUUUUGUACUUUGUUUUGGGCCUUUAGUUCUCCACCUGCCUUCUGCUCACAGAUGAUCCUCGACAUGUGUUCUGUUCACAGAUGUCCGUGGACACCCCGUGUUCCUCUCACAAUGCAUUUAUCUGAGUUAUCAUUGGACGCUCUUGCACACACAAAUUCAAAGGCCUUCAUCUCCUUUUUAGUGUGUUCUCCCCCCUUUUCUGCAUUCCAGUCUCUUGCCUAAAGACAAAAGGAGCGGGGUCUCCGUGAGUGGUGGAGUGUGCGAAGGUGAGAGGUCAACGCCGGUCGCUGCGAAUUCAACUCUAUAAUCCAUAUUGGCUGUUAAAGCUCCAUGACAUACUUCAUGAUGUCAGAAAGCAAGGAGUUCAAGAUACAGUGUGUAACAAUAGCACCCAUCUGUACUGAGUUACCGGACUUAAGUGGACCUUUGAGUGUUGUGCAUUGUCGGGUGUAUCAUCAUUCUUUCAGUUUGUCCCAAAGAGUAGAAAUAACCCGCUGCAGCUUCGUCUCGCUGUACGUUUUGCUUUAUAUUUAUUUCUACAUCGGAUAAUCUUGGUUUUGCUCCUCGGUAAGGAACUCUUUUAAAAACAGACAAAAGGGGAUUUCAUAUUGUGCAAUGUCCAGCGUUCUUUUUCUUUUUCUUUUUUUUAAAAGCAUUAUUGCUCCAAAGUGCGAGCUACCUGCGGUGCCAUGACAAAGUGUUUCUGGGAAGCUUCCAAAGUAAGAGCAUUAUUAUUUCACUAUGAAUCAGUUUAUCCACUGAUUUCACUUUACCAAUGAUAUAAGGUAGCUCUAGUUGUGUGUGGGGGGGGGGUGGGAGGUAAAAGCUUGUGUACGAUCGUGAAAUCAUUUCAGAUCUCAAGCGUUUUCUUUUCUUCUUUUUUUACUUCUGAUUUCACUUGAAUAUUCACUCAUUACUAAUAAACCUGGCAAACUUAGGUCUACAUUUCACAAGAGCUCAAACAAAGGAGGACGUGUAUAUCAAUCACUCGCCUUGUGUUACUUUCUCACACGCCUUUGCCGAAUUUAACAGCAAAACGAUAUCAAAACAUUAAUUUACAAAGUGUCACACACACGUACGGGCGAGUGAUGUGCUGCAGGUGAAGUGUACCUUUAAGGGUUGUCCCUGGUUUUCGUUUUUUAUCAAUAUGAAGGUGAAUAACAUUGUUUUAGUUGUGAUUCAGUUAUUACUUAACCUCGUAGACGAAUAGUAGAUUAUUUCAAAAGUUGUGGAACUGUCGGCCUUACGUUUUUGUUGUUGUUGCACCUUCUGGGAUUGUUCGGCUCAAUGUAUGUAUGCUCAACUCGCGUACUGACGACGACUUCUAACCGCGUAGACUCAACUGUUUUUGGUUUACAUCCAGGUCUUAAAGGUCACAUUGCUCGCUGCCUUUACACUGUGUGCAAAGUCAUUCAUUUCAACGCUUUCGCCCAUCUAACACCAUCUGAGAAUGUAUUUCAGCAUUCAGGAUCUUUGUGUACUAACUGCAUCGGUUUCUUCUUGUAUUAACACGCCACGUAUGCAAACAGUUGGCGUCAUAUUUACUGCAAAUGUAUUUCAUGUUGAAUCCAUUCAUGACAUCAUCAGACGGUUUAAAUGUAUCAAUGCUUUUGGUACUGACCUGGGUGACCAUAAGUACGGAGUGAUGGUCCGGCUUUCAUUUAAGGUAGUACAGACCCCGCCCCAUUAAUAUUAAUUGAUCAAAUGAGUUCUUUUUUUCCUCCGUUUGAACAUAUUUAUUGACUUUAUCUGUACGGGUGGAUCUUACCUUUGCAGCAAGUGGUUCGAAUGUCAUAAAGUACUCUACCAAAAUGGAUUUCUUCCAAAAAUAUGAACUAUACCAUAUAAAUUUAGCUAACAGAGUGUUUUAUCCAUUUAUUUCCUAUUAAAUUCUUUCUUAUUUUGUAAUACAAAUGUGUGAUUUCUAAGCUUUGUGUCAUGAAAGCUUGAACUUGUGGCAAGUUUCUCUGCGACAACCCCGCUGGGUGAUUUUUGGGCAGUUGUUUACGAACACAGAUACUGUAAGAUACAAAAUAUUCAAAGUAUUCUGAACCUUAAUAAAGCACUUUUCAUGCUGAGUUGGGAUGGAAGAAUAAAAAGGACUUCAAGUUUUCUCUCAUUUUCACCAAAGCUAUUAAAAGUGUAGUUGGUGGUAGCUUCAUGGAUGUGAGAAACGGCUGACAUCCUGUGUGCCUGUGUGUGUGUGUGUGUGUGUGGGUGUGUGUGUGGUCGGUCCCUUACUGUAUGGGUGUAAAUAUGCACACAUGGUAUAGACGCCCAUUAUAGUAUCCGGUUAAUAGUGUUCUGGGUAAACGUGAAUGCCUUGCAAAAGAAUAAAUAAAAAUCAAUUCUUUUUUUCUUA